CAAUGUCAUCAUUCCAGGUGGUGGACUCCUCGCCUGGCAGCAGCGUCAGCAUCAUGGAAACGUCCAACUUUGCCCAUGUCAUCUUCCAGAAUGUGGAAAAGAGUUUUCUGCCCCAGGCACCCUUGGAGUGCCGUUACACCCUGACCCCUUACAUUACUCCCCACCCAAAAGACUGGGUGGGCAUUUUUAAGGUGGGUUGGAGCACAGCCAGAGAUUAUUACACCUUCCUUUGGUCUCCCAUGCCAGAAAGCUAUGAACCAGGAACUUCUGUGCACAGGACUGUAGUGUUUCAAGGUUAUUAUGUUCCCAAGUCUGAUGGGGAGUUUUACCAGUUCUGUUAUGUCACUCACACGGGUGAUAUCAGAGGAGCCAGCACGCCUUUCCAGUUCAGGCCGACUACUCCCACCGAAGAGCUGCUUACUGUUACUGAAGAUGACAGCAACUCAGACAUACUGGUUGUCACCACCAAGACUGGCUUACUAGAGCGUGUGGAGGAGGCACAGCAGCAACGUAGGGAGCUGCUGAAGGCCAUGCGCCUCCUGCAGGAGGAGAAACAACAGCUGCAGGAGGAGCAGAAACGACUGGCCAGGGAAAGGGAGCAGGAGAGGGAAACGUGUUGCCUCCUGCGAACACACAACCAGGAGCUGCUGCGCUCGUCACAAGGACUUUCAGAGGAGAGGGAGGAGGUAAGGCGGAAGCUGACGGAGGCCAAAGACCGGGUCCGCCAGCUGGAGGAAGACUUGCUGGGAGUCACCCAGAGAGGCCUGCAGAAGGAGACCGAGCUGGACUGUCUGCGAGAUCGUCUGAAGAAGCUCACAGUAGAGCGGGACAGUCUCGAGAGCCAGCUGAAGAAUGAAAAGGAUGAGAGAGAUCUCUAUAAGGCUCACCUGCGCAGCACUGAGCUGGAGAACACCAAGCUGAGCGCAGAGCUUCAGAUGCUGAAGGCGGUGGAGCUGAACAGGGAGGUGACCAUCGCUCAGUUCCAGGAGGAGCUGGAGAGGCUCAGAGUGUGCGUCGCCCAGCGGGACAGUCUGGAGAAGGAGCUGUUGUCUUACAAAGCUGAUAAGGCUGAACUAGGCCGCGUUCGUGAGCAGCUCCGUCAGGCCGAAGAGCAGCUCCAGGCGUCCCGGCAGCAGGCCUCCCUCCUGGCCUCAGAGCUCCGUGAGUCAGCCAGCGCCCGCGACCUCACCAUGACGGAGCUGUACCGCGCCCGCGUGGAGGCUGACAAGCUCCGCGCCAGUUUGACCGAUGCUCAGGCAGAGUGCCGCCGUAUGGAGAGCCAGCUGGACCGCAUGAGGAGCACCACUCACAAGGAGGUGGGUGUUGGAACCAGUGGGGAGGUGACACCCAGCAUCAUGGUGGUGUCCGAGGCAGAGGCCGAGCUGCAGAGGGAGGUGGAGGAACUGAAGCUGCGCCUCCACAUGGCUGCUGAGCACUACAAGGAAAAGUACCGGGAGUGUCAGCGCCUCCGCAGGCAGGUGGCCAAGCUGAACGCCACAGAGACACAGGGGGAGUCGAAGAAAAAUGUGUCGACUGAGACGACACAAGAGCCUCUGACCUCUAGUCCUGAAUCCCCUAUGAAAGGAAAUCUUGCUGCGGCAGUUCUACUGGAAGCUGCAGUGAUGACAGUUCCUGAAGAACUCGAAACCAAGCGACGCACAUCUGCAGAUGCUCACAUCUGCACAGAGCCUGAGGAAAAGCAGGGAGAAAAUUCACUAAAAGAAAAGGCUGAGAAUGAGGCUGAGAGGGAUGUAAAACAGAUGGAAGAUGGUGGAAAUGAAACCAGGGAAAAGGUGGUGAAGAAGGAGAGCCUUCCUGAGGAGAGCUUGAGGAUGACGAGCUGGGUGGAGGUGGGGUGCGACAGGCCGAUCACAGAGGAGAACUGCGAAGCAGAACCUGAGCUGACGGAGCGAGCGAGGGAUGGUGCGGAGGAGCAGAGGCUGCGGGAGGCAGAAGGGCGGAGUCCAGAGGAGGCAGAGAAGGAGCAGACGCUCUCGGUGGAGGCGGAGCUGGCGAUGAUGGAGGAGAAGUGGAGGGAGCAGUGCGCGAUCAACGAGACGCUCAGACAACGGCUGGCUGACGAGGAGGAGCUAUUCAGAGUGCAGAUGGCGGAGCGUACCAGCGAGGUGACUGAGCUGAAACGCAACCUCGCCCAGGCUCUUAAAGACAAAGAGCAGCUUCAGGAGAAGCUGCAGCGGUAUGUGUCCAGGCAGAGGGAGAUGGAGGCUGGCAUUCAGGGUGCUGAGGUCAGGCAGCCCAUGGUGCUGCGCUACCCUCUCCCCUACCCCCAGAACCCCUCCCCACCACCACUCGUGCCACAGAGGCCGGCCGAGCUGCAGUAUGGCAAUCCUUACUCCACAGAGACCUCAAAAGAUCGGGUGGAUGUGCCGUUGUCUCCUGAGAACGCCUCCCGUCCUCCACCCGAAGCGCCACCCUGCGCCCCUCCCUGCGCUCCCCCCAUGUCACCGCCCAGCCCCAGUCCAGGCGCACCAGGCUGGGACCGAGAGGUGGUCUGCAUCCAACCGUCCCGCAGCACCAGCCCCCCUGAGAACACUGAGCAUCCACCUGAGGAGGUGCAAAAAGUGGGCAACGAAGCUCAGCAGUCAUGUGACCAUCAGUCCAACAGACGCAGUGAAGCGAGGAGCAGCUUCUGCUUUGACGCCAGCGCUGUACACAAGCGCUGUCCUCUGUGCGAGGUGAUCUUCCCACCACACUUUGAGCAGCGCAGCUUUGAGCAGCACGUGGAGAGCCACUGGAAGGUAUGUCCCGUCUGCUCCGAGCAGUUCCCCCUCAACUGUCAGCAGCAGCUCUUUGAAAGGCACGUCCUCACGCACUUCGACGGCCACGUGCUCAACUUCGAGCAGAUCGAAUGAAGGACGCCAAGGUUUGCUUUCUGACAUGUACAGGUAAAGCUUUACCUUCAGUCGCUCAGCUUAACAUAUUAUGUACAAUCAUGAGCACUUGUUUUUUUUGCAAUCCUAAACAGUAGAAAUAAUGCACUUUGAAAA